AUGAAUCUUCGCGGGGUGACUGCAACUGCGGCUGCCAUUCUGGAGUCUCGCUUUGUUCGCAUCCGUAGCCGCAAGUUUCAGAAGAUACGGCUUGUCUGUAGGCGGUGUUCUUGGUCUUCAACAGCAACCGGGGUGUGCAGGGGAGUCGAGCAUGCCGUGCAUUUUGCGAACCCCAAUGCCUCAGAUGUCCACAAGUAUUUGGAGUCUCGCGAGCUUGACUAUGAUGAGAAGAGAGCAAAGGCUCUGGCAAAAUACAAGGAUGGUGGCAGCAGGACCAAUGCCUGCAGCAACCCGAGCCAUGUGACUCAGCAAGAGUUGAAGGUCUUGAACGCGCAGAAGAAUCCGGCGGCUCAGCUUUGGUGGGAGCUUCUCAAAACUCCGGAGUCGCGAGCAAUGCUUCCCGGUGAUGCGCAGCCUCGGCCUGUGCUGGAUCAAGAAGGUCUUGAGAGACUACACGCUUUGAGCAUCUUUCACAGUCACCAGUCCUUUAUGUCCGUGGAAAAAGACAUGACAAAGCUGUUUUUCAAGAACCUGGCGCCUAACUACAAAUGCCCAACCCGGUUUAAAGUUCGAGAUGUUUUGGAUUCCACAGCGGCGGAGAUGGAGGAAUUUCAGAAGAAGCUUCUACUGAAGGGUCCUUUUUGUCUUUGCACCGAUGGCGCGACGAUUGCUGGCCUCGGCUUUUUGAACGUCGGCAUCAUGGAUUCCAGCGGCAUGUGCUUCCAUUUGGACCACAUUUCGAUGAUUGAUCGCGAGAGUACGGCGAUUGGAUUGGCUGAAGUGCUUCAGCCAUGGACACGCCACAAAAGCGUGUUCGGAAUCUGCGCGGACAAUGCGGCCAACAUUCAGGCCGCACUUGCCAUCCUGGCUGCCGAGCGUGCAGACUUUGCGGUCCCUCUACGCUGCAUGGAGCACGGCAUGCAGCUAUUACUCAAAGACGUGCGAGCUGCGAUGCCAUGGUUGGAAAAGGCCACCAAGGAGGUCAAUGCUGCAAUCCGCACGGUGCGCCGCUCCAAGAAGUUUUGCGGGAAACUCAAGGCUUCUGGAUUGGUUCUCCAACACCGGCGAAAAACUCGCCACAACUCGUGGUCCACGAUGGCCGUCAGAUGGGUACAACACCGGGCAAAAGUUGCCGAGCUACUUCGCAAGGAGGGCGGCCCUGAGAAGCUUGGACACUCGGUCAAGCAGCGCAACAAGCUGCAGAGGGCUUUGUUGGCGCUUGAACGCCGCGGUCUUGAAGCCCGCGUCCGACGUGCCGUGCCAGUCUUGUGGGCGGUGACCUCCGCCUCCAAGCUCUUCGCUUGCGGCAGACUACCUGAGGCGCUUGGCGUUUGGACCCUUUUGAAGACUCGCCUCAACGAGGCCCUGGAGACGUGCGACUUCAGAGACACCGGCGAGAACAGUGGAACGGUCGCUCUCCGGAAGAAGGCGGUUCUAGAUGUUUAUGGGCGAAGGCGAGAGCAAUUUGUCACAGACAUAGUGCUUGCGAGCGCCGUGUUUGACCCACGCCCUCUUUCUGGUCUUGAAGAGCCGGAUCACAUGCAUGCAGCUUUUGUGAUGGCACGAAGGCUUCUACCCACGAAGUUUUUCGACUCGACCGAGGUUCAGGAGGCAUGUGUGUCCGACUUGGACGACUACCGCGCGAAGAAAGGCUUGUUCAGGGACGCGGAGUUCCCACACUCGGAUGCACCGCUGGCAGAGGUGCUGGGGUUGGGGGUAAUCACGUGGUGGAGAAGUGGACAACCUUCAAAGCCUUUGGCUGUCAUGGCUGAGAAGUUCUGGUCGUGCGCAACUUCGCAAGGGCAAUGCGAACGCUACUGGGCGCUUGCCAACAGGGAUCGCUGUCCGAUCCGGAAUCGUCUUGGCAUUGACACGCAGAGCAAGCUGCAGAGUGUCUCAAUCAAUCUCUGGGCCGUGGUGCCCGACAUGCCCGAGCCCGUGCCCCCCAGCAUGUCUGGCUGCCUCAGUUUCACCAAGCUUUCCGCAACACCUUCUCGCGGGGUCUGCGGGGUGCAGUCAAUCAUUAAGCGAGAUGCUCGGCAAGAGGUGCAGGAUGCAUUUCCAGAGGAAGAUGAACUGUCCUUAGCGGCAGUCAUGGCUGAAGAAGACAGCUGGCUUGCUGCCGUUGAAGGGCUGUGCGCUCAACAGCAGGACAGUUUUGCAGAGGCGAAGGCUGCUGCACGCAUACGUGCCUUCAGUGAAUGGAGCUCAGAUGAUGACUGCCCUGCGGCAGCUGCGCCCUCGACGGAGUCAUGGUACUGGCUCCCUUUGCUGAAGGAACACACAGCUGGCUACAAGCGCCAGCAGACGGGGCCUGUUCGACUGUUGAGUUCGUGCACUGGAAGUUUUGCAGAAGCUGAAGCGCUGGAGGCGCAGCGGGCGCUGGGGAUCCCAUACGUUGCUCUCGGCUGUGCUGACACUAACAGCGACUUCCGUUCCUACGUGAAUGCGAGCUUUGGUGGAUCAGGGCGCCGUGCAGCCGCCCACAUGCAUUGUAGCAUGGAAGAUCAGUUGUCCGGCGCAGCUUGCAGCUAUCAUCCGGGUGAGCAGUGUAUGUUUUCCUUGGCCUCGGAUGUAGACAUUGCAGUGACAGGCACACCCUGUCCCCCUUUCAGCCAGAACCGACAGAAACGCACUGCCAUUGGCUCGGUAGUGAACCACCCGCUCUACCACGUCACAGACAGUCUGCUUCCGUCAUGGGUGGCCAUGACAGAACCGAAGUUCGCAGUAAUAGAGCAGGUGAAAGGAUUCCACCAGCCUAUGGACUGCAAGGAUGAAUCGACGCCGCUGAUCAGGUUGCUUGAGGCCAUCUCCAGCUACUCGUGGUCUCGUGGAGGGUACCACGUGCUGGCCCACGACCUGGAUGGGCCUGUGCUUGCGGCUGCACGACCUGCCAAGAAGCCUAGAGGUAGCCAUUCUUUGCGGGCACUGCUUCGUGACACAGAAAUCCCACAGCCAGUCGCAUCCAGGCAAGAGCUUGCGGCCGCAGCGAGGCAAGCCCGGCAAGUGCAGCUGGCUGCCAGGCGUCAUGAUCAUGAAGACGAUGGUCCAGACGCAGUGGUGCCACAUCGUGUGUCUUCCUUUCGAUUGGCCGCGGGGCAGGGUACGAAGGCUCAUCAAUUUGCCUGCUCGCUGCUGGAGAAGUGGACGCAGCCGGGAAUUUCGAAAGCCAUGCCACCCAAUGCCGUGUGCCAGCACUUGGUGCGCAAGGAGGAGUUCGUGCACAUGAGUUUUUCUGCGCUUGCUGCGGCGACAGGCGUGUCCAGACAGUCGGCAUCUCGCGCAGUGGAGCGCACUGCUGCUGCGAUGCAAUUGUGCUCAGACUUGUCAUGGGGGACGCUGCUGGCAAAUGUAGCAGAGCUUCUGGCCUCCAGCUCCAAUGUGCGGGGCCUCCUGUUUCUGACUCAUGCAAGAUACGACGAAACCCCUUCGAAGCUGCGCCUCGACGCAGACGGCAAUUUGAUGACGUCAUCAGCCGUGCCGCUGCAACGCGACAAGCAAGAAACAUGCAUAGCCAAAGUCUUCCAGAUCGAGUUCGGCUUGACAAUGCUCCUGCAGCGUCUCGACACAGGCGAGAUACAUGCCUUGACGGGCAUGUGUCCAAGACAGUUGGCUGCUGUAGACAGGACCAGCGCGGCUAACACGCGGCAAGUUCUCGAGUCCAGAUGCAGUUUGCCGGAGAUCAAGAGAGCAUCCAAGCAUUUUGACUUUCGGGUCAGGUGUGUAUGUACAGACCGGUAUGCGGCAAACUUUGCAGCUGAACGAUCAAUGCAAGCUUCCGCUCGUCAUGAGGGGUUGGCCUACGCUCGUGAUCAUUCCUCAUGCGAGCUCCACAUGGUAGCAACAGCUCACACGAAAACUGCACAGCUCUCGAAACUGGACGUUGCCGUGCAGGGCUUGAUUGCCUGUGCCCUCACUAUGACUGGGGCCAAAGCCAAGUCACGCCUGCGCCAGUGCCUCCUCGAAGUUCUGGUGGAGAAGUCUGUCUUUGUCGCUGGGCGUGCUCCAGCUGGGUCUGUCGUGGACUUUCGAAACAGCCUUUUUGACCAGCACUUGCCUCUCUACCCUGCUGCCCGAGAGCCAGAAGCACGCAGACUGCACAACCAGCACCGUGCCCAGCGGUGCGUCCUUGCCAAGUUCUUCAACGGUGACCUCACAUCUUCUACCGUGAGGAUCUACAACCCCUUUGUUCAUGUCAUCGACGAGACAGUGAAAGCGAACAUGCUCAGAGACAUAGAAGCCUUCGCGUUGGCAGCCCUUCUGCCUCGCACUUGCCCUCUCUUUUCACGCAGUCGCUGGAAUGGUGCGGAUGCUUCCCUGAAUUGGCUUGGCUUGUUUGGGGGCCACUACAAUGGUGCACUCUUCGCUGGCACCAUUCAAAGAUUCAUUGGGCUGCCCUUGCUGCAACGCCCAGCCGCUUCGGCAGAAGAUGCUUGGAUGCGUGCCAUUUCUGCAGAGGUUGGCCUGGAGAUGGGCCGUCAGACUCCAGGAGGUCUGGCUGCUGAGACAUUGGAUGAGGAGGUCUUGGAGCCUGAUGCAGAAGUUCCCGGGCAGGCUGACGAGUGGCACCGACGCAACAAGCAGUACCGGCGAAAGGCCGUCAACUUCGCAGCAGAGCUUUGCUUGGGCACCGUCUUUGUCUUCUGCGUAGUGGGUGGUUUGCUGCAACAGCUCCGCAGAGAGCUGUUCCACAGAGCCAGUGUGGUCUGGCGUCGGAAUGUUUAUGCGCGUGCUGCCCGCACUCACAGCCCAUCCAACUUCUGCAAGCUGCUGGAAGUUCUUGCGAGCGACGAUGUGCAGAGAUUCUACAGAGGUCUCUUUCGUGCCUUACGAGAGAGGCAGCCGCUGCUGGAGCCUCCUUACAACACGCUGCAGAACCGGUCGCUCCUCUUCACUGCGUUGGCCCGUGCAGGUGCGUGUAUCCACCAGCUGCUGGUGAUGCGACGUGCUGGCUUCCCGAUGCAGAUGUUCAGGUUGCUGACAGACGGCUCAGCUGGGAUGGCAGCCGAAAUAGUUGAGCGGGCCAAGAAAGUCUGCAUGCGAGACGAACUGACCCACGAGCUCCUGUCCCGCUAUCCAACCGCAGAUGACCUCCGCAGCGCACCUUGUCGGGCAGUGCUCUGCUGCAUCGCAGCACGUCGCGAAUAUGACAUCUGCACAAUCGAAUGCAGGCACGCAUCCACUCGUCGUGUGUCGGCUACUUCAGCUCAGACAUGGGUGCGAAGUCUGCAACAUGUCUCUGCAGCCUUCUGCAUCAAGCAGAACAAGCUAGCCCGGCAAAAUGUGGCUGGUGUGCAAGUGCAAGCUUCUCCCCAGGGCACACGUGCUACUGCUUCCGAGCCCGAGCCGGCUAAGGCAAAGCAGACGAGGGCACGGAGUGCCUGGGUGGCGUUCAUGCAUGAGGAAACGCAGGGGCGCACUGGUAAGAAGUGGGGUGGCGACAUGCGGGAGCUUUCUCGCAGGUUCCAUCUCUUGAGCGAUGCAGAGAAGGAGAGGUUGCAGGGUUUGGCGGACACCGCCACCGAAGCAGCGCGUCAACAACAAGCUCCUGGUCCGGCGGGGCUUGCGCAAACGCGCGAGCAGAAGAAGGAACGCAGGAGGUUGCGGAUGGCGCUGACGCCUGGAGCUGCCGCCGACGACGACGCUGCAGUAGCCAGGUCUGCGGCUGUUUCUCUGAACUCUGUGGCUUUCGGCCUGCCAGAGGAGCUUGCCAAACUAUCCCAGGAGAGACGGUCGGCAGUUGCUGCAGCAAAGAAAAUAGCCGAGGAGGAGCAGACAGCGCUGCAGCUUUACUUACAUCAGAACCCUGCGCCUGUCCUGGACUUGAUCCCAGAUUCAGAUCUGGUGCAGUCGAACAGCGUGCCUUUGCCUGAGACUGUGCAGACAGCAGAGUUCAGUCCUCCACUGGCAGACAUGGCAGAGGCCGGUCUUUUCUUCGACACACUGUCAUUUUUAUCAGCUUGA